CUUGGUUAAUUUUUUCGUACCAGUUUAUAUUUUGUGUAAAGUGUUUGAUAUAUGGCUUUGAAACUUUUAUUACGUGUUCAGUAUAAUAGUCUCUAUCAAUAGGCAAGAGUACAUAACUCUGUCAUCUUUUUUUUUUGGCUGAAGUAUGGCCCUUUUUGAACUUGGGAAAAGGGUCAGAUUUCGUAUAUGUCCAUGUUUUGUCAAGACUAUUUGACAUAUUUCAAACUUUGCCCAGUUGUUUAUCAUCAUGGUAUUCAUCUGUAGGCAUGAAUACAAAUAUUUUGGCUGAAUUAUGGCCCUUUUUGGACUUUGAAAUUUUGUUCAGUUUUUCUUACAAGUCAGUGUUUUGUCAAAACCAUUUGAGCUAUGGCUUUGAAACUUUUAACACUAGUUUAUCAAUAUGAUUUCCAUCUGUAGGCAAGAGUACAUAACUAUGUCAACUGUUUUGACUGAAUUAUGGCCCUUUUCGGACUUGGAAAUUAGUUAAAUUUUUCAUGCAAUUUUAUAUUUUGCCUAACAUAUAACAUAUUUGCCAUCAUGGUCACACAUUGCCAUUUAGUGCAAGACUAAUCGAAAUCUACAAAUCCAGGAACAUUUUUUUGUUUAAUCAAUUUUUUUCUUUUGUCUGAAAAUCUAAGAAUAUAUUUUGACCCUGUUCUUCAAUCAAUUCUUCGAAUAGUCGAGCGCGCUCUCAUCCGACAGCUCUUGUUUUGUUCUGGUAUUCUUGAGAUGUAUUAUACAUUUUUUCACAAUUUUUUUUGUUAUGACGUUACGUCAAUAUAUAUAUAUAAUCUAAAACUAGACCGCCCGUGUGAUUAUCACGGCUGUACCCAAGAUUCUCACGUUGCCGCAUAAUCACCACUCUCGUGGUAAUAUGAUAAUCCAUUCUCGUAUACCAGAGGUCUACCAUGGUUCCCUAGUUGAUUUUGACGAACCUCUUAUGGAUGGGAAUGGUGAUAUUCACGCGGCACCGUCAUGUUUAUUGUUGGAUAAUCACAAAUGAAAUACACUUACAUGUUUCACCCGGAACAUUAAGAAUCUAGGGAUGGGAAUGAUUCCUGCAUUUACAGGCGUAAAAUAUUUGAUUUUUUCAGAAACCAGGGGCGGUAAUAAUUGGUGCUUUUGAUCAAGUAAUAUGCGGUUCAGCAUGCGGGCGUUAUAAACCCGUUUUAGAGUGACGAUCUGUAGUUACCCAUGUCACAGAAACUGCCAAAAGACAAAAGUUAAAAAGCAGGCAUAAUCUCUUUAAAGCCUUUACUGAAACAGGGGUUUUAUGUCUACUGAACAGUAAACUGUAUUUAUUUUACUACAGAGCAUAAAUUCAUUAUGUCAUAUGUUCUAUAUUCCAGGAAAAUCUGACGUCUUGCAAAGACAUAAACAGCAUCUCAAAAAUGAUCUUUCUAGAAAUUGGGUUAGGGGUGGGCUAGGUGUAAAGUACUUUAAAGUAGGCCUGGAGAGUCUUUUGGAUCCAUUAGUGGUUGAACAACAUAAGAAAAUUUUAAAGAAAGCUCAAGAUGAAAGUAAAUUCAAACAAUGUCAAGAAUGCAAAAAUAAAACCUUUAUUCCACAUGAAAAGAGUCAAUGUAAACGAUCGGAGAGAGAGAAAAAAAAAUGUCCCUGCGCCAAUCCUAAUGGAAGACUAUGUCCCAGUGGUAGAUUUUGCGGGAUCAUAUACGAUCAAAUAGCCAGUGACCAUCAGUGUAGUGAACCUAACCUGAAGAAUACACGAAUCAAAAAUUGGAGCACCUGUCCCUGGAGCAUUGCGACUACAUACAUCAAUACUGAAGGAUACGUAGACAAGUCAUCAGCUAAAGAGAUAGACAUCGGCGGCUUAUUGGGCAUAUUGAAAAACAAUAAAAACUGUAAUAAAUAUGUAGUCAUUGAGGAGAUAAAAAGGGCCAGAAAAGCACGCAAUGAACUAUUUCACCACGUAAAUUUUGAGCUGAAAAAAGAUGAGUUGAAUAAGUGUAUAGAUGCUUUCAAGGAAGUGUUGAAGAACAAAGGGAUUUCGAAUGAUAAUGUAGAAGAGGCCCUUCAGCUUUUGGAAAAGGUACAGGAAAAUCAGAUAGAUAUAAAUAUAUCUGAAGAUACUGAACAGCGUGAACAGAAUUUCCGACAGCAUGCAAUGACCGAAGAAGUGGAUAUCCGCCAAAAAAUGUUGAACACAGAGAUGGAAAAAUCGAAACAGAAAAGUAAGGAGGUUGAAUUAUUGUGUGAUAUAAGGAAAGGUAGAAAUACUAUAGGAGAAAAGGAAGAAUUUAGAAGUAGCAGUGAUGAUCGUACGUGCACCAAGCAUCAAGGCAUGAAAAAUGAGUGGUAUUGCCAAGAGGAAAACAUAUUUUGCUGCAAACGAUGUAAGGAGGAGGAGCAUAAGUCAUGCAUUGAACCAUUCGAAGGAGCCAUAAAGGCCAAAAGAAAAACGCUCGAGAUGGAUGCUUGUCCUUCAAAUCUUCCUGGUCCAGAUCUGAGUAAUACAGGAAACAGCUUGCAUGACGUAUGAUAUAUAGGUAACGAACGAGUUGCAGUCAGUAUGUGUAACUCCCGUAUUCUGUUUGUAAAUGCAUCGGGUGACAUGGAGCUUGAUCACGAAGAAAAAUUUGACCAUGAAUGUUUUGGUCUUGCUUGCUAUGGUGGACUACUCUAUGUCACCGAUGGUAGCAGUACAGCGGGGGGAAAUAAACGCGAACUCUACAAACGCAGAAAACAAAAUUUCUUGUUCCAAUGUAUUGCACGUAUUGCCGUCAGCGACGAUGGGGAAAAGAUUUACAUCGCAGCUACUGAGGGAGGACUUGUAACAAUAAACAACAAGAAACAAAAUUUAUUAACUCUUAAAAGGAACAUUUUACCAUGUGCUGAAAGUGUCUGUGUUUUUGGUGAUGGUACCGUGCUUGUAGAUAGUAAAUCAACUUCACACAGUGUGCUGCAGGUUGGCAUUGGGGGAGACCGGAUACGUGGAAAAGUUAUUACUAGAGUAGCGGAUAACUCCCAGUCGUUGUGCUUUAAUAGGCAUGACUCUGGACUGAUAAUUGGGCUUCGUAAUAGUGACAGUGUCAUAGUUUAUAACUGACAAGUACAGAACAGAACAAAUCAUGAUGUUUAUAACAAUAAAGUAGAUAUACAAUGUGGAAAAAGAGACUCGUUUAUCCAAGCUAUGGAUAUAGAUAAAUUAGUAAACGUUAAGCUUUUUCAUUUUGAAUGAAUGUGCAUUUAUCUAACCUUGAGUAAAAUGACUUAAAGAUUUUUAGAUUUGAAUACAGAUAAGUCCAGAUACAUUAACUUCUAGUCAACAUUCUAUCUGUGUUUUAUCAGCGCGUUUGUUUUUAAUCUAGUUUCAAGAUUUACAAAGGCUACUCCCAUUCCUUUAUUCUAUCAUUACAAAAUCAAAGCUUAAGUAUUCUUCAAAACGUUACCGUUCUUUUGAAGUUCUAUAAAUAUGUAUUAGAGAUGUACACGUUGAUGUAUAGUGGAUUGGCGAAAAAAUAAAUCUUCUCAAAUGUUUUACAGUCUCGGACAUUUAAACAUCAGAUCAAGUUUUCAUGUUUUUACAAUUUUAGCUCACAUAUGAUUGCCCUGAGUCCGCCUGAUCGUGCACCGUCUGUUGCUUUGAUCAACUGGCUUGUUAUCACUGUAGAGGUCACAUUCCUUUUGCCUGUUUUUAUUUUAUCUGUAUUUCAAGUCAGAAUAUUUUUUUGUAUUAAUUCUAGCUCAAAAUCAAAACUGGAUUAUCUGGAAUAAGGUUAGUAGGCAAGGUCAAAUUGUAAAAAAAGGACAUUGUUGAGUAGAAAAUGAGGUCUAUAGAGACUUAACUAGUACUUUCUUCUUUUUUUCAUCUUUAUAUCGAAUUUUAUUGCAGAUGAACCAAUUUAUAAUUUGAGCAAUAGUUUAUACAGACAAACAUUGACACCAAGCUAAAUGUAGUACAUGUCAAAACUGUAGCUCGGGUGCUUGCCAUGUAUUAUAUAAUUUGACCAAGUGAAGAUUUACCUUUAUGACCUACCAACGAAAAUACCAGGUUUCAUGUAAAUGAAUAUUUAGUUUUACCUGUAUAUGUAUGUAUAUUAUAUAUCAACUUGUGCAAGUGUCUCAUGUAACGCUGUACUUACUGGUAAUAUACUUUUAUUUGUAAUAUGUUUGUUUUGCACAUUGCUGAUGCGUAUGUUGCUGAUAUUCGAAAAAUCGGACGGACGGUGUGGAAUUCUGUCUUGCAGCUUGCUUGGUUAAAAUAAAUCUCUUGGUGCUCUGACUUCAGGCACGUUGUUCAGUAUAUUGAUGUAAUUAUACCUUAGAUUGACCUUAUUUACAUGUUUUACUUCAUAUAGUCUGGUAUUUUGUCACUAAUGUAAGGGCAUUUCUCUGUGAGUUACAUUUAUUAGGGCCCUACUGGUUAAAAACAAGGAACUAUAGAAUUGCACAUUUCCAUUCGUCCGUUAUUCGUCCAUCCAUCCGUCCGUCCGUCUGCAAUUUCGUGUCCGGUCUAUAACUCUGACAUUCAUAAAGGGAUUUUAAUAUUACUUGGCACAAAUGUUCCCGUGUCAUACGCAAAACCUGGACCCCUACCUCAAAGGUCACACUUGGAAGUCAAAAGGUCAACAAGGCUAUUUUACUGUCAGGUCUGAAACUUAAUAAUCCGUGAAGGAAUUUUGAUAUUACUUGGCACAAAUAUACCCCAUAAUAAGAUUAUGUGUCAUGUGCAUAAUCAAGUCCCCUAUCUCAAAUGUCAAGGUCAGAGUAAGAGGUCAAAGGUUAAUAGAGAUUUUUUCCUGUCUGGUCUAUAACUUUGUCAUACAUUAAGGGAUUUUAAUAUUAUUUGACAGAACUGUUUCCCAUAAUGAGACAACGUGUCUUGUGCAAAAUACACACCCCUAACUCUAAGAUCAACAUCACAGUCUGCGGUCGAAGGUCAAUAUGGGGUUUUUCCUGUAUGGUCCAUAACUCUGUCAUCCAUUAAGGGAUUUUGAUAUUACUAGACACAAAUGUUCCCAUAAAUGAGACAAUGUGUUGUGCACUAUACCAAGCCCCUAACUUAAAGGUCAUUGUCACAUUUAAAGGUCAAAAGUCAACAUUGAUCUUUUCUGGUCAAAUCAACAUUGAUCUUUUCCGGUCAAGUCUGUAAAAUAAUUUAAUAUAAGCUCAUCACUGUAUCUUACUGGCCCAAUUAGAAAGUUUUGUUUGUGUCAGAAUUACUUCCCUUUAACAUGAUGAUUUUAUUCAAUUUAUCUCAAAAUUUCCCUCCAAUGUCAAACUGAAAUGGAAUAAAAAUUGAAAUAAAAUACUUUUUAUAUUCAUUUGUGUUGUACGAAAUCAACAACUGGAGAUAUUUAUAUAUGCAAAUUUUAAUCCAAACAUUGUUUUUAACAUAUUGUAUACACUGUGCAAUGUUGUUUAUUCAUCAUUGACAUAUUCACCCUGUUAUGUUAAACUUACUUACCUUCGAGUAGGGGACUUUGUAUUGCAUGGCAAUAUGUCAUUCGCUUGUUUACACUGUUUUGUCUAACUUGUUGAAAGUUGGACAAGCGCACAGUUGGCAUGCCCCAAACGCGCUUAACUGCCCCCACGCCCAGUUUCCUUUAUAUAAGUUACAGACCGUCCGAUGGCGGUGCCCCUAUUUUCAACUUGUUUUUGUUUGUUUUGGGGCUACUUUGAUACUAGUACUUUGUCAUCAAGAGCUACUACACUUCCUUAAACCUACACAGAUCUUUGUACCAAAAGAACAAAAAACACAAUAUGCUUCAUACAUUGUAUAAUAUUUAAUGAGCACUUGGGCACGAUUAGCUUACAUUGUUUCUAUGAGUAGACUGACACCAGGGAGAUUAAGCUUAACUACCUAAUGAUUGAACAAAUGGUUAAGGUGUUUAAUCAGAGAAUGAUGUCACUAAUUUGAGUCCAUAUUGGUAUUUGGGUCUGAUCUGAUAUCAUUAAUGGAGCAGACUUUCUUUUUGUUCCUUCCUGCUAAGUAUGGGAAUGAGAUAUGUAACUUUGUAUGAAGAAAUAGUCAUUGGUACAGGUUGAAAUUUUCAAUAGGCAAAUUGAGUUUAAGUGUAAAUGUAGAAAUCUUUGUACAACUGAAUUGGUGCUGAUCAUGGAAUAUAUGAAUUAGCCUGUACACCCCUAUAUCUAGAUGUGGAAGAUUCCUAAGUUUAUGGGAUUAAUCUAUUUUGUAAAUAGGGGGUGCACAGUUUAAAGCUGGUUUUAUUUCUUUCUAAAAAUCAUUUUUCUGUAUUUCUGAUAACAGGCAGAUUUACUCGAAAAUUAUUUCAUAUGUAUUCAUUUGAUGUUUAACAGUGUAAGGUUGCCAGAGGUUGACUUAGUAUAAUCAUUCAAUGUUAGCUUACCUUUCAUGUUUGUAAUGAAGUGUUCUUUCCACAACUAUGGAAUAUUCUAAUUUGGAUUUCAGGGUUGAAAGUUCAGAAACAAGAAUUGUCUAAAAUGGUUCGCUUUCUAGUUCAAUGCAAUAUUUAUUAAGGCGUACAUAUUCCUUGAAGUAUACUUUGUAUUCAUAAGACUUGUCACAGCCAAAAGUUUAGCUGCAUUUGUAUGGCAUGGAAUUAUUUUAAAGUCACUUGAUUGAAAAAUGAAGUCUCCUUAAAGUUUGUUUGGAUUUAUAUUUUCAAAGAAAGGCCUUUGGUAUAAACUAAUUGAAAUGAAGUUAAUGACUUUUAUCCAAACUGUAAGCAAGUGUCAUUAAAGGUAAACUUUAUAAGUCGGGGGUACAGUUUUAAGGUGUAUUCUAAAGGUAAAGAUGGAAGACUUAUGCAUGAGAAUUUAUAGUAAAGUUGUUUUCAUGGAUUAAAAGUUCCUUAGAUGUAUAAUGUACAUUAUUUCUACAAAAGAACUUGUGAUAUUUUUAGAUUAACUGUCUCAUUGUACAUUUGAUGUGUAUUAUUAUCUUGAUUCUUUAUAUUUGGUUGUGACAAUUUUAUAAUCGGCAAAUUUUCCAGCUUCUGCUUUUUAUGCUGUUAAAUUUAAUAAUAUUUAAUGUGAAAAACUUUCCUGUUAUAGCAAAGGCAUACAUAAAAACACCUGGUUUAACUAGUUAAAGCAAUAUAGCACAAAAUAAGUUUUAACUUUUACCUUUAUUAAUUAUGAUAUUAAUAGAAAUGUUCAAAAUCGAGAAUUUUUCUCCUGUGAUCAUGUGGGCCAGAUUUUUUACCUGAAAUCGGGAGUCUAGCUCCCAGGUCUGGUGAGUUCACAGGCCCUUCAAAUGUAUUCUUGCAUCGUCUGUUAUUAAAAAACCACUUUGCAGCCUUGAUUCAAUUGUCACAGCCAAAUUUUAUUGAUGUAGUCAAACCUAUAUAUAAUGACCAUAAUUGUAAUGAUCAGACUAUGUUCUGUUCGAAGGUUGUCUAGAAUAUACACUGCAAAAUCACAAUUGGAACUAGGUGAUCUCUGUUCACAGGUGGAAUGCGUUCACAGGCAGUCUCUGUUCACGAGCAGUAUAUGUUCACAGACAGUCUCUGUUCACAGACAGUCUCUGUUCACAGGCAAUCUCUGUUCACAGGUAGUCUUUGUUCACAGACGUCUCAGUUCACAGGCAGUCUCUUCAAAUGCAGUCUCUGUUCAUAGGUAGUCUUUGUUCACAGACAGUCUCUGUUCACAGGCUGUCUCUGUUCACAAGCAGUCUCUGUUCACAGGCAGUCUUUGUUCACAGACAGUCUCUGUUCACAGGCUGUCUCUGUUCACAAGCAGUCUCUAUUCACAGGCUGUCUCUGUUCACAAGCAGUCUGUGUUCACAGGCAGUCUUUGUUCACAAGCAGUCUCUGUUCACAAGUGGUCUAUCUUCACAGGUGAUCUCUGUUCACAGGAGUGCUUGUUCACAAGCAGUCUGUUUGAAUGUGAUCUCUAUUCACAGGCAGUCUCUGUUCACAGGUGGUGUUUAGGACAGGUUUGACUAUAUUUUUAUUUCUUCUGUAUAUUUUGUAUGCACUUGUAAAGGGUAUGUAAUAACUAAGUUAUUAUAUGAAAGUGAAAAUAUGUGCUUAUGCAUGGUAUGUAAUAACUAGGUUAUUAUAUUAUAACAAAAUCUUUAUUAAUGUUCAGGUAAUUCUUUUAAAUGUUAAAAUCACUGUUUAACAUAGAAUUUGAAACUUUGGAACUCUCUCUAUUUUCGAUAUGUAAGCAUCAUGGCACAUUCAUCUAACUGUUUUUUUUUCUGUGAAUGUGACAUUUCAGAAAAAAUCAAUAUGUAGCUAUAAUUUGAAAUUUUGUAAUACUUAACCAGGUCUUCUUUGGAAAUUUAGUUAAUUAGUUUAAGACCUAGCUGAAAAUUCAAGAUUAAUUUAAAUGCUAAUAUUGUAAUUAUAGGAGAAGUUUUCAUCAGGAAAUUUAAAAUCUGUAUAAAUUAUAUAAUAUUAUAGUAUCACAACAUAAACAUUUGCAUAGGUCAUAGAUCAUAAAAUGAGAAAAAAAUUGAUUUGUCUAAGGAGUAAAAAAACAGCUAGAAAUUAGCGAAAUUUGGUAUUGUAUAAAUAUAUCUGAUCUUGCAGUUCUUCUUUUGUUUAUCCAGAAAAGAAUUUCUAGGAAAUUCAUUGAUAUGUAUAAUAAGAAUUUUACACUGUCUGACUGGUUUCAUAAAUCUUAUUAUAAAAUCUGAAGCCACAAUUUAGGGGAAAACUUUCUCAGUCAGUAUAUAGCAAAUGUUGUCAAUGUUUGGUUGUAAAUUCUUCAUUUCCAAAUCUUGAUUAAUGGCUUAUGUGUGCUUACUGUUAUAUUCUCCACCAGAGGGAGCUUCAAUGUGAGUUCUAGAGCAUGACGAUUUAAGCUCAUUUUAUUUCGUGAGCUUAGAGUCAUAUAUGUGUCUGAGUUAUGUUGAAUUCUAUUUUAAUCAGUUCAUUUUCUAGCUCAAUGGGUGUAAAAUUUUAGUAUGAAGACCAGUCUGAGAAUAAAUCUUUCUGAUUGGUCAAUGUUAGGUCUGUGAAGAGAAACAACCAAUCAGAUGCGAGAGAUUUUAGACUGGUCUCCAAACUUGGUUUUAUAACCAGGAUCACUGAAAUUUGCUAGAUAUUUUGGUUUAAGAGGCAUUAGUUGAUUGACUGUUACAGAUCGUUUAAAGAUAAGUUUGACCUUGACAUUUGACCUCUGAUGAUUUUACUUGGUAAAUACCAAUGAUUUUAUAAUAAAAAUCUUCAUUUUUUCUUUCAGCUUAGUAGAAUUUAUAGCAAAAUUGUUAAAAAUUAAUUUUGUUUUCCCCUUGCUUCUUUGAAGUAAAUGUCAAAUCUGAUAAAAAAAAAACUCAUUGAGAAGCAACAGUUUGUAUUGGGACACAGAAUGUAUUAAUUUUUUUUCUGUAAUAAAACAAAUUUUCCACUUACUUAAGGUAUUGAGUCAUUAAAGGUCAGAAGUCAAGGUCAGUGAUUAGAGAUGUAUAUAUGUUGUUGUAUGUAAUGUUAUACAUGAUAAUUGUUAGUGAUUUUUUUAAGUUGUGAAAUUGCUUACAAGUUGUGCUCUAAUUUAAUAUUUAAUGCUUUUAUUUGUCUGAAGAUACAUGUUAACAUUGGCAUUAAUGUAGAAAUUCUGAUUCUAGCACAACAAUGGAAUGUUGAUUAAAUUUGGGUGUGACUCAAAUACAUGUAUCACUGUAAAUGUUACCAUGGAUUUUCAGCCUCCAGUGAUUGUGAUAUUAUUUAUUUGCCUACUAGUAUGGUUGCCAAGGAUAUUUUAUGCAUCCAAGGAUAUUUUGGAUCAUUUCUGAGUUGUGCAUAUAAAGUUUAUUGUUUGUUUAAAAAUUUUGGUUAAUUGCCCAUAUAUCUAAAAAAUUGAAGGUGCAGAUUUAAAUCAAGUGUUCUUAGGACCAGGAUCUAAAAAGCUACAUAUACUGUACGAUACUCGUCUGUAGGUUAAUCUAACUGAGGUCAAACGUCUGUAUAUGAAUACAACAUCUUUGUAAAGUAGGCCUUGUGAUAUUGUGUGUUAUCAGGCUAAAUAGUUCCAUAGUGAAAAGGGGUGUUGUGAUGUGAAAUAUUGUUUGAAAUCAAGGUUGAAUUUUUGUCAUGGAUAUGAGGUGUUCUUUACAUCACACUUUUCAUAUAUACUUGGAUAAAAACGAAACUGUCUCUUCCUUAUAUAAAAUUGAGUUUUUGAUCACUAACAGCUUGUACUUCAAAUUUGACAAUUCAGUUAUAACUUAACUUAACGCUGAGUAUUUAUAGACUUUAUUAGGCAACUCAAAUAUUUGCCUGAUGGCUUCAUAUCCAGUUUCCUAAGGACUUGGUUUACAAGACAUACCUUUUUGCUUUUAUUUUCUAGAAAGUAUUUAUGUUUUGGGGUCAUAGUCUGGGUAAGCUAUUCCGCUAUCAGCUUAUUUGCCUUUUAAUAAUGUUGGAUAAUAUAUGCUUUUUUUCUGGUAAACAAUCUUAGAAAGUUUUAACCCUUAUCAUGCUGGACACGAUUGAUUCUGCCUUUGCGACCAGUGUAGAUCAUGAUCAGCCUGCACAUCCUUGCAGUCUGAUUAUGAUCUGCACUGUUCGCCAUACAGUCAGUAUUUUUUGGUAAUCACACCUUUUAACAGUUAAUGGUACUGUCCAAAUUGAAAGAUGGACAAGUCCAUUAUAGAAAUUUAGCAGGGUAAGGGUUAAGGUAGAGGACCUAUUAUGACAUUCAUCUGUUCUGGGGCGAUUUUUAUUUUGGCAUUCUACAGCCCAUAAAUGUAGCUCAUAUGAGAAAUGGUUUCCAUAGCAACAGUAAAAUGCUGAAAUCAUAUACAGAGAAAAGGUAAUUGAAUGCAAAUUAGAGAUAGUCAUUUAUACAGGUAUCACUACCUUAAAUAUAUCGUUCCUGUCCAUACACUUUACUAAAGAAUCCUUCAUUUUUUGGUCAGAAUCCUAGUUAGAACUUAAACUAUCAUAUACUAUCAUAUACCAGUUUGUGUUUCACGACAAGUAUUGUCUCUAGUCAUUGGGGUCAGUCUUUAAUCAUACUUAGAAACGAGUUAUUUCUCAGAAACUAGUAAGAAGAUUCAUUGAUCUGGUUGUUCGAAAUUGACCAAUAACAAGCUUGUAUUUUAAGACACAGAAUUCGGAGGUUAUCACUUUUAAGAUUUGAAAUUUGCAGCUAUACUUCUCAGAUUGCUUGAUCCAGUUUCAGCUAUUUGGUCUUUAGUAUGAAAUUGAGUUGAGAAACCAGUCUUAUUUGGUGUUUGGUAAGAGUUGAGAAACCAGUCUGAAGAUUCAUUGAUCUGAUUGGUUGGAAUUGACCAAUAGAAAGCUUGUAUUCUGAGACUGGUUAUAUUAUUUGGGCAUUUCCAAAUUUUGUAUUAUAUAGAAUGCACGAUCUUGUUUGGAAUGGUUAUAAUGAACCAGACUGUAGUAUUUAUAAAAUUAAGGUAGUUGAACUGUAAUGAUAAUUAGCAAUUUUCGUUUGAUAACAUAUUUUCCAAAAUGCAAUUUUGGCAUUUUUCUGCUUUUAUUAGAUGGCAGUGUUCAGAUCAGACGAGCUUCAUAAAAGACCGAACAUUGCCACAAAAAAUGUAGUUGCAAUGCAAAUUGCCAAUUAUCAUAACAGGUUCGCUAUAAUUAUAAUGAAUUAAAUGUAAAGCUGUUGUACCCGCUUCUUUGUAUAAUCCACAAUCUUACUUAAGGCUACAUUUGGAUGUACAUUUUGUAUUCAUGUGGGAAUUGAAAAUGAAUUCCACUUUACUUCAGAAAGUUUUACUAGUAUUGGUGGUGUUAUAUUAUGUACUGGAUGCAUUUAUUUUGUUUUUUGUUAUAAAAUAAUUAUUCUAGUCAUAAGGAUGCUUUGUACAAAAGCUGUAUUUUGUUCUUCAAUAAAGUAUACAUCAUCUUU